AACAACUUUCUCAGCGUGAUACGCGGAGGGUCAACAAUUGAUCGUCAAGAUGUCUUUGCCGCCAGAGAAAGUGUGCGUAAAGCGCAAAAAAGGCGAGGAACCUGUCGAUGCCUUAUACAUUCAGGCAGAACACCAACAGAAGAAACCACGCUUUGCAGACUUUGUCUUUCGCCGUGUUCAGGGUGACACGGACGUGAGUCUAGAUACGGCACCCAAUUCCCAGCAUAAGGCGCUCAACCAGUCGAGUACGCAUGGUCGGCAACAAGUCCCAGUGGUUAAGACGACUGUGGCAGAACCUGAAAAUACUCCUGCAACCAUUCCCAAAGCUCGUGACGAUCCCACUACUCUCCACCCAGACAAUGGCCGUCCUUCCACACCUGCAAGUAAUACGACGUUAUCAUCAGCUUCGGCCCCCACUCUUUCGCCUCCGAAGCCAGAGUCGGAGAACACACUAUCGCCUCCUGGUCAUCCAUCAUCACAUGUAACUCAGCCGAGAUUGUUUCAGCUUACUCGGCCAGCACACGCGCAUUUUACGCAAGGACCCUCUGGAGGCGUGCAGAAACGCAAGCGAGGAGAGAAAUCCGAUGUGGCCGUGUUUAUCGAACGGCAACGGGAUCUCAAGAAGCCUCGAAGUCUUCUGAACCUCAUUGGAACUACAACGCCUGGAGCACAGUCACAAACUUCUACAAAGAUCAUUGAUCAUGAGGCUGUUGAGAAAGAAGAGGAGACAUUACGACCACGAAAGCGACCAGGGGCCAGCGCAGAGGAGAAGAAAUGGCGAGAAGAAAACUGGAGUCAGACAAAGCCCAGGAUCUUGGGAACUGCCCAACCCUCGAAACAAGGUCAGACUGUCCAAAGCAAGGCCAGUGAUUGGGACUAUGAGUCGAGUUGCCUAGCGGAGCAACUCCAGGAUGUUGCGCUGCAAGAAAUCCAGAAGUUCCAAUCUACUCAACCGUCGCCAGGCGCGAGCCCUAAGCUGAAGCUCAAGCCUAAGGUUCCGGCACUUCGAUACAAAGAUAGGCAUCCAGAGGAGAGAGAAAAAGUGGAGCAGCACGAUCCGUUCAAUGAAAUGGAAACUCACACUAGCGAUGACGAGGAUUACGUUUAUGAUACUUAUAUUCGUCACCCCGGACUCGCUGAUGGGUCUGAUUUCAAUAACAUGAUGGGAUCAGAGAAGAAUAUUGGUUUUUUGGUCAUCACGGAAGAGGAUCAGCCCAUUUGGGAAACUUACGCUGAAGACGAAGACGAUAGCGAUAAAGACUGGAACAGCGAAGAGGAAGAUGAAAAUGGUAAGCUCUCUUUCCUUCUCCCGCUCCUGCUUUCUUCCUUCUUUUGGCUUGUGAAGUUAGUACAGGGAUGCAGAAUACGCCAUUUUCUUUGCAUUCUUCUGUAUCAGGAAGCUGACUUGUUUUCCUUAGCCGAGAAUUACUACGCAGCGGAUUACCCCGAGGAAGAAGUAGAUUCUGAAGACGAGUUUGACCGAGGAGCGUACCAUUUUCGUCAGGGUGGCUCAGACGAAGAAGAAUAUGAUGCCGACAAUGCCGCAUGGAGCGAUGAUGACGAAGACAUGGUUCGUUACCCAUGGAAACGACAUGCCUGGUCUACCAGCGCCGGAAAUGGGAUGCACGACGAUAAUGAAAGCGAUUCGUCAUGAGAAGGUUCAGCUCCCAUCUUGCCGUGUUUUUGGGGCCAUUGACGAGCAUUUUUAAAUCUGUGCUCUCAAUUCCAUAAUGGUCGCUUUGCAACCCUGAUUAACGCGAGUUCCUCAAUAAAAUGAUA